AUGUCGAUGCCCAUAGCCCCAACAUACGUAUCGCACAUUUGCGAGAUUGACAAAGCCCUACAGCAGCUAACACGAGCACCCGAAGACACGGUAGAGGCACUACGAAACCCAUUAUCUGGGACAAAAGCUGUACAUCAUUCUAUACGGGCCAACCAUUCGGAUAUUUCUGCCACUUGUUUUGAAAGAUUCAAGUCAAUUUUGCUUAGAACGCAAGCCACACCUGAAUGCAGAAAAGCUAUCCAAAAGCUCUUGGACCAGCCCAUGCAAGUGUCCAAUGACGAGUUGAGGAUGAUAUUGCAGCUUCGUGACCAUAAGCAAAACCGGAAAGCUCCUAAGGAAGACAGUGUGCAUGUAUUUUACGUCAGGUCAUGGACCUUCAUGUCUUCGAAAUUGCUCCGUCUUGUGAAAUUGCUCCGCAAAAGAGGAUUCACUUCCCCCAGACUGGAAGAAUGGGAAUUUCAAAGCUGCAUUGCGUUAUGCGGGACCCUUACCGUGCGCUAUGUUGGCAUGGCAGGUGGUGGUCGGACUGCGACUCAAAGGCACAAGAGAGACCAAAAUGACAAGUCCAGGAAUACCCUUCAUGGAGAAUUCAUGCACAUCGUUGAUGAAGAAUGCCCCGAUCCAUGUGAGUUUCAACUUCAUGAAUUCCCAGAAAUGGGAAUCAACGUCAUUGGCAAUGACAAAAGUGGUGUCCUUCAACUCGCUGAUGAUAUGGAACGACUCUUGAUACAACUUUUUGGCUAUAGAUCACUCUUGAACGUACAAAUUGGAGGCAGAAAUAUCAAUUAUCUUCCACAAGCCAUCGAUUCAAGCAUCUUUGAAGGAUUGGGAUCCGAUUACUUCAAAAAAUUACCGAAUAAAUGCUCGCUUUUACCAGAUAGCAAAUGGAACCAGACGGCUUCCUUUUUCAUGGACAUUAAGAAGCAUUCAAAGAGUUAUAAAAACAAAAACAUCAUUCACAAAAAUUCAUUCAAAGUCAUGGAGACACAAGCUCGCCCCUAUGAGUAUUGUGGGAACGUUAUUUUAGCUUUCCUUGGCGAAGAACCUUCUGAUAACCACCUCACAGCCGGGAACACAUUUUUUAAAGGAAAUUGUGGGGCGAGCCUUCUGGUGAAAAGCCUUGUGAAUCAUAUAGCAAAUAUGAACGAGUAUGAGACAUCAUCAAAAUCUCAUUGGGACUUGUCAAAGUCAUUUACGUUUAUCAACUCACUUCCUUUGCCGGAUUACAGUGACUUAACGGGAGGAUUACAGGGAUUGAGAAAUUAUUUCAUUUCUACUCGACCAAUUGUUGUCGUGUCUUUGGGGAAACGAAGCUCUUUCACUCUUGAGAGUAACCUGAAAAAGUUAUACUUCAAAAAGCCAAGCCAGCCAUUAGGAAAAGAAGGAUGGAUCAAAGUGAUAAUACGACAAUACGGUGAAACGUGGGAUGAUUCUUAUACUCACAUCGCACUCAGACAUCCAGGUAGCUAUUUAUAUGCUACUAGAGAUCAUGAUCACUUACGGUCAUACUAUCUGCAGUUUCAGUUAGUAUACUUCAUUGCAUUUACCGCAACGGAAGUUUUGGACGAACUUGAAUCCAGAAGCAUGCGGUUGUCUCGAAGAGAUGUUUGCUUGAAGAUUUUGAAUCGUGUCAGGGAUUUCCUUCACAACCGAGAAGGUGUAAUACUCAAAUCAGCGGGCAGUAGUGGUGAGAUCAGUUUCUUGAAAACAUAUUCAACUUUAAACGUACCUACGACUGAUUUAAAUUGCCGAAGAAUAUUCCAGGAUAUCAAGAAAGUCCUCAAACAAAGGAUUGAUGCCCUGAAUACACGCAUGGAAAGUGAGAAUUCAGACUCGACGCUACAGGUUGGAUCUAACCGGAAGAGGAAAGCAAAAUCUGUUGAAAAAGACAAAUCUUCCCCAGUAUUUGGUCGUGGUACUUUUCAUAAUAUCUUUUCUCUAGGCCGCGCAGUCGGCACACCGAAUUCUCAGGAGCGAUUUGAGCAUUUGAAGGCGUUGUGGGCCAAAAAUGUGCCGGAAUUGCAUAUCAUGAUUCCUCACCGCGAAGAAAAAUAUCCCCAGUGGAAUGGGGAGUUUUCAACCUUGCAUGAAGGCCAAUUUUACUUUCUGAAGGUGCUCAGCCAGAUGUCUCAGCCCCUUUAUAUAACCACUCUUGCGAAAGUUUGCAACUCGGCUAUUGUUGGUAGAAGGCGAUUUGACGAGAUCAGCGGGAGUACAGAGUUGAAAUGUGGUUUGUGGGUCUCGAGAGACCGCAUAAAAGCAUAUCGAACCGAGAACUCGCCAUUUAUCCUGACAAAUGAGAUGCAGGGACACCCGAUAGAAGUCAAACUGGAGGGGCACUCUAGCAUUAAAUGGAAAACUACUGCAGGCUCCUCAAUUACAUGGAAAUCCUUUGCGCAGACACAAUCUGGAAGCAACCAUCCCCCGGUCGAGUUUGAGACCUAA